AUGGAGAACCUCCUAUCCCUCGCGUUCGAUAAUCUCUCAUCUUACGAUAGCCUUAAGAUCCGCAAGGGUCUACGUCAGGUCGAGGGUCUACUAGCUAAUAUUUGCCUGUCGCGAUCGCAGGGUAAAGAACGCCGCGGUUCUGUCAUUGCGCAGCAGCAAGAUGAGCAGGAACCUCUUCCCCCAAAGACCCUCGAUGAAAUUACCGACGACCCGGCUUUUUACGAAUUCUUCAAACUCCAGGAGGGAUUCGAAUGGAACGUCGCUAUGCGCCUGGUUAAUACUCUCGACCGCCUCUUAGCCAGGGGUAGCGACGGUUCCAACGACCUCCUAAUACUAAGCGCACUAGAUUUAGUUCAAGGUGUCAUGUUGACACCCGCCGAGCAAAGCCAUCUUCUCGCGCGAGAUGCACAUGAACUCACCGCCCUUGUCGACGCGCCACGCAACACGCGUACCUUCGAAGCCCUCGACGGCUUGCUAACCAUAACCUCCCUCUUUCGCAACCGAUGCACGAGCCGCGACGUCAAGCUCAAGCUCGUCGAGUUCUUGUACUUUUACCUCAUGCCCGAGGUCCCCUCCAUCCCUAGCGCACGCGCCGCUCAGGAACUCGGCGUCCCACCUUUGCUCCAACGCAGCCCUAGUAAGCUUGCAAAGGCCUUUGCAUUUACUGGUGCGGGAAAGGGGGCAGCGGAUGGUGCGCGCCCGAAGUCUGCAGAGGAUGGAGAGACUAGGACUCAAGAGGAGAAGCAGGCGCUGCUCGGUCGCCAUCUGAGCAGCGUACAAGAACUCGUGGAGGACUUGCGACAGAACACACCUUUUGGGGGCGUUGUGAUGUAG